AUGGAUUCCUCUUUACAAUGGAUUUCUGGUCUUGCUUCAUUGGAAUACCUCAACUUGGAAUUUACAAACCUCUAUCAAACUUUAGAUUGGCUAGAGUCAGUUACAAAGUUACCAGUGCUGAGAACUUUACAUCUGUCUUUCUAUACAUUUCCCAAUAAUCCCCAAUCACUUCUCAACCUGAAUUCUUCCAAGUCCCUUGAAUACUUGUAUAUAGAGGCUAGAACUCUGACUUCUUCAUUAUUGAACUUGUGGCUAAAUCAAAGUUACAGGAUGAAAGAACUAAAGCUUUCUGGUAGCCAAUUAUAUGGUAUGGUUCCAGAUGUUGUGACCAAAAUGUACUCCCUUGAAUAUCUUGAUCUCUCCUAUAAUUUGCUGCAAGGUGAGAAGACUGAGGAUCUUAAAUUUUUGAGGUAUCUUGGGAACAUGAAAGCUCUACAUUUGUCAAAAAACUUGUUUUCUUUCAACUUCUCAGAACUCGUUUUAGGUUCUGAGGAAACGAUACAAGUUUUGAAUUUUCGAAGUAACAAAAUUGUUGGAUCAUUGCAUGAUAUCAAAAAGUUUUCUUCCCUGAGAGCAUUGGACAUGACCGAAAAUCAACUUUCUGGUCCACUACCCAACAUGUCAACAAUGUUGUCUCUGGAAUCCUUAUUCAUUGGCUACAAUCAGCUUGUAGGAAAUUUAACGGGAAGUAACAUCGGCCACCUUUCCAAUCUUAUUGAGCUAGAUGCUUCUUCAAACUUUUUACGAGAAGCCAUCAAUGAAACCCACUUUUCUAAUUUUAGCAAAUUGAAGGUGCUUUUGUUGUCCGGUAACGAUAUAAAGUUGAAUCUGAGCACCAAGUGGGUUCCCCCAUUUCAACUGGGACAUCUAGGGCUAAGAUCUUGCAAGUUGGGUCCCAAAUUUCCUAGUUGGAUCCGGACACAGACAUUAUACCUAGAAAUUCUCGAUAUCUCAGAUAAUGGAAUUUCAUGUUCCAUUCCUCACUGGCUCUCCAACCUUACUUCCUUACGUCAUUUGACUAUUUGUCAAAAUUUUCUUCGAGAUGAAUUUAAAGAAUCUAAUUAUCUUGACCUUUCCGACAAUCUCUUCUCUGGGAAUAUUCCUGAAUGUUUGGGGAAACAUGCUGGUAAGUACCUAGGGGUGCUAAACCUAGCAAACAAUAACUUCUCUGGAGAAAUCCCUUCAUCCCUGGGUUAUUUGAGUCAGAUUUCAUCACUGCAUUUAAGGAAUACUGGUUUAUUUGGGAAGUUGCCCAUAUCUUUGAAGAAUUGCACUUCAUUGAGAAUUUUGGAUCUUGGAGAGAAUCAAUUAAGUGGGGAUAUUCCUGUAUGGAUUGGGGAAAGUUUGACACAGUUGAAGGUCCUUUACUUGCAUUCAAAUGAACUAAAAGGAUCGAUCCCUACUAGUAUCUGCCAACUUCAAUCCAUGCGAGUUUUAGAUCUAUCUUCAAACAACUUAUAUGGACCCAUCCCAACUUGCUUCAGUAAUUACAGUAGUGCAAUGACUCAAAUGCUUGAUGAAUGGUUUCUAGACGAAGCACAUUUUGAAGGGACUUCUCUAUUUGGGGUAUUAAAUACUCUCCAUUACUUUAUCUUUGAUUUUGAAUUGGUUAUGUGGAAGGGAAAGGAGGCCGAGUAUAGAAAAAACCUCAAAUUCUUGAAAGCCAUUGAUUUAUCAAACAACAGAUUGGUUGGAGAAAUCCCUGUAAACUUGACAGAUUUGCAUGGGCUAAUCUCACUAAACCUUUCAAAUAACAAUUUGAAUGGGUCCAUCCCGUACAAGAUUGGUGAGAUGAACUCACUAGAGAUUCUCGAUCUAUCACACAAUCAGUUGUUUGGAGCAAUACCAGUGAGCAUGGCUAAUUUAUCAUUUCUUGCAGUCUUGGACUUGUCAAAUAAUAACUUAUCUGGUUGCAUUCCACCUGGCACGCAAUUACAAGGGUUCACUGAAGCGUAUCAAGGGAAUCCUGAAUUACGUGGGCUUCCACUUCAGACCAAAUGUCGAAGUAGCAAACAAGGAAAUGAUGAUAUUGAUGAAGAAGAGCAUUGGAUUUUAUUAGACUUUGAUUUCUUUUUGAGUAUGACUCUUGGAUUCAUUAUUGGAUUUUGGGGAGUGUGUGGAACGCUAAUACUGAAACGUUCUUGGAGACUUGCAUUUUUCCAAUUUUUAGAAGACAAAAAAGACGAUAUCUACCUUUUCAUUGUAUCUCAUGGAACCAAAUUGAGGAGGAGCAUGGGAGCCAUGUUGAAGAAAUAGGUAAUUAAACUUAUUCUAAAUUUCUAAUUUAAAAUUACAUUUCCUUUCUAGAAAUGAAAUUGAAUUUGCAGUUAUUAUAAAUGAAGGGUCAUGCACGGAAGCAAGAUCAGGUAGCCUGUCUUCAUGAGCCACGGGAAAUACAUGCAUAAGACCACCGGAGAACCUUCAUGUCAUUUUAAAUAAAGAAUUUUAGUUUAUUUAAUCAUGUGUGUAUUUCUUUUUAUUCAUAUUGC